AUGUCCCUGACUCUACAACUAAGCUCCACCCUAGUUCCUACCCACUCCCUCAUCCUCCUACCCUCGCUCCCCCCCACACACCAGCCACAGCUGCUUCCCUCCCUCGCCCACCCACAGCUGCUACCCUCCCUCGCCCCCCACAGUCACCACCCACAGCUGAUAGCCUCCCUCGCCCAUCCCUACACACCACCCACAGCUGUUACCCUCCCUCGCUCACCCCCACACACCACCAUAGCUGCUACCCUCCCUCGCCCACCCACAGGCACCACCCACAGCAGCUACCCUCCCUCGCCCACCCACAGGCACCACCCACAGCUGCUACCCUCCCUCGCCCACCCACAGGCACCACCCACAGCUGCUACCCUCCCUCACCCACCCACAGGCACCACCCCCACACACCACCAUAGCUGUUACCCUCCCUCGCCCACCCACAGGCACCACCAACAGCAGCUACCCUCCCUCGCUCACCCCACACACCACCCACAGCAGCUACCGUCCCUCACGCACCCCCACACACCACCCACAGCUGCUACCCUCCCUCGCCCACCCGCAGGCACCACUCACAACAGCUACCCUCCCUCGCUCGACCCCACACACCACCCACAGCUGCUACCCUCCCUCGCUCAGCCCAACACACCACCCACAGCUGCUAGCCUCCCUCGCCCUCCCACAGUCACCACCCACAGACGCUACCCUCCCUCGCGCACCCCCACACACCACCAACAGCUGCUACCCUCCCUCGCUCACCCACAGGCACCACCCACAGCUGCUACCCUCCCUCGCGCACCCCCCCCCACACCACCAACAGCUGCUACCCUCCCUCGCUCACCCACAGGCACCACCCACAGCUGCUACCCUCCCUCGCCGACCAACAGGCACCACCCACAGCUGCUAGCCUCCCUCGCCCACCCACAGGCACCACCAACAGCAGCUACCCUCCCUCGCUCACCCCACACACCACCCACAGCAGCUACCCUCCCUCGCGCACCCUCACACACCACCCACAGCUGCUACCCUCCCUCGCUCAGCCCAACACACCACCCACAGCUGCUAGCCUCCCUCGCCCAUCCACAGGCACCACCAACAGCAGCUACCCUCCCUCGCUCACCCCACACACCACCCACAGCUGCUACCCUCCCUCGCCCACCCACAGGCACCACCCACAGCUGUUACCCUCCCUCGCGCACCCACAUGCACCACUCACAGCAGCUACCCUCCCUCGCCACCCACAGGCACCACCCACAGCUGCUACCCUCCCUCGCUCAGCCCAACACACCACCCACAGCUGCUACCCUCCCUCGCCCUCCCACAACACCACCCACAGCUGCUACCCUCCCUCGCUCGCCCACAGACACCAUCCACAGCUGCUACCCUCCCUCGCUCACCGGUCUCCACGUAGCCCCGGGACGCCAGCAGUGGACAGUGACAUACCGAGGGAGGCACGCUGUACCUGAGCGUUAUUUGCACCUGGCUCUUCUAUCAGUGGCCAACGAGCAUUCAGCAAGAUCGGUCGGACUGGGCACUGAAGUCAUAGCUUAA